CGUGACUCUGAAUUGGGCCUAACUUCCUCACUUCCGGGCGGAAGGGCUCAUUCGGCGGCGUCGCUCCGGCCAGGAAGAAGCAUCUCCGGGCCUUCCUCUCCGUCUCCGCCGCCGCCAUGGUCUCCCUGCUGUGCUGCGGGCCGAAGAUGGCCGCCUGCGGGAUCGUGCUCAGCGUCUGGGGGGUCAUCAUGCUGGUCCUGCUGGGGAUCUUCUUCAACGUCCACUCAGCCGUCCUCAUUGAGGAUGUUCCGGCCACGGAGGAGGACUUCAAAGACGGUCCGAACAAGAUCUACGCGCUCUACGAGCAGGUCAGCUACAACUGCUUCAUCGCGGCCGGCCUCUACGUCAUCCUGGGGGGCUUCUCCUUCUGCCAGGUCCGGCUCAACAAGCGCAAGGAGUACAUGGUCCGCUAGCUCUGCGUCGCCUCCCCCUCCCCCCCUUGCCCUCCCCCCCAGGCCAUGUAUUCGUUUAUUGGGGGGGGGGUCUUCUUAGUGUUUCUCCAUGACCACAACACCCCCAGACUCUCAAACUACGUUCUGGCAGGGGACACAUAAUUUAUUUCUGUUUGUACUGAAUGAAUGUUUGGGUGGAGACUGGGUGUGGAUCUGUGACCCCUUUGAAACAUUCCAUGCCCCCCCCCCCUCAAAUUCCUCCGGUCAGUUUUGCCGGUCGAAGGGCAUCGCAGCCAAAGGGCCCCGGGAGCGGCGUGUUCCCUUCUGCUGGUCUGAACCCACGGAACCCGGACUGAGAUGUUUUGUAAAUACAAGGAAGGUGGACACGCGCUCCCUCCUCCGCCCUCCGAGUGCGGACUCUCCCUUCCGCCGGCCUGGCCUGGCGUGUGUUUUGGUUCCCUCUCCAUGUUUACUGUCAACGUUUCCUGUGUAAACUGUGCAGUUCUGGCUGGUGGGGAAGGACGGGCCUUGUGCGGCAUAUUUGGGGAGGGGGCCGGGUUGGUCAGUUGCCCAGUAAGAGGGGGCUUGGCCCUCCUCUGCUCCCUCCGUGUGCAAUAAUAUUAAUAAACGGCGCUUGACCUUCA